GUACGAAUAUUCGGAAUAUAGUAAACCAUCACCCAAUUUCUGAACUCAUUCCUUUGCAAUUAUAGUGAAGCAAUCAGCAAUGGAGUACUCAAACUCCCAACUUCCCACCUUCGUCUCUUUCUUUCUUGUUCCUUCAAAACCACCAUCAUCACACCACCAUAUCUACCACCAAAAUUCAUAUCAAAUUGAUGUCACUCUUCAGCCUAUUUUUAUGGGCCCUCAUUUUCUUUAUCAUUUUAGCAGAAAUUAGAGUUACUGCACAGAACAACAUACCCACAACUUUGGAAGGCCCUUCUGAACCCAAAACUCGUCGUUUUGAUCCAUCACUACGACGAGGUAGCACUGAUUUGCCAAUGAAUCAUCCUCGAUUAAGAAGAAAUGUAAGUGGGUUUUUUCCAGAACAAAUUUCACUUGCUCUUUCUUCACCUUCUUCAAUGUGGGUCUCUUGGAUUACUGGGGAUGCUCAGAUUGGUGAGAAUGUGACAGCAUUGGAUCCAUCAAAUGUUGGUAGUGAAGUUUGGUGUGGGAAAGAGAGUGGGAGUUAUACCAUUAAGAAAAAUGGGGUUGCAAUGGUUUACAGCCAGCUAUAUCCUUUUGAAGGUCUCUUGAAUUAUACUUCUGGCAUUAUUCAUCAUGUUAGACUUGAAGGUCUUGAACCUGGAACAAUAUAUUACUACAAGUGUGGGGACAGUUCCAUCCCUGCCAUGAGUCAGGAGCAUACCUUCGAAACUUUACCUUUGCCUGGACCUGAUGUGUAUCCAAGACGCAUAGCUCUCAUUGGAGACUUGGGUCUGACCCACAAUACUUCAACAACUAUUGAUCAUGUUACUCUGAAUGAUCCAUCACUAAUACUGAUGGUUGGUGACUUGACUUAUGCAAAUCAGUAUCGUACAACCGGUGGGAAAGGAGCUUCGUGCUAUUCCUGUGCAUUUCCUGAUGCGCCCAUUAGAGAGACAUAUCAACCGCGGUGGGAUGGUUGGGGAAGGUUUAUGGCGCCUUUAAUCUCAAGAGUCCCAAUGAUGGUAAUUGAAGGCAAUCAUGAGAUAGAGCCUCAAGCUGCUGGGAUAACAUUUAAAUCGUAUCUGACAAGGUUUGCAGUUCCUUCAGAUGAAAGUGGCUCAAAAACUAAUUUCUAUUACUCUUUUGAUGCUGGAGGUAUACAUAUUAUCAUGUUGGGAGCUUACGUGGACUACCAUAAGACGAGUGCGCAGUAUGCUUGGCUUCUAAAAGACCUAGAAAAAGUCAACCGAGAAGUAACACCUUGGUUGGUUGCUGCCUGGCAUCCUCCUUGGUAUAAUAGCUAUUCAUCGCAUUAUCAGGAAUUCGAAUGCAUGAGACAAGAACUGGAAACGCUCCUCUACCAGCAUGGUGUUGACAUUGUCUUUUCUGGUCAUGUUCACGCAUAUGAGCGGAUGAAUCGGGUUUAUAAUUACACAUUAAAUCCAUGUGGUCCUGUUUACAUAACGGUCGGAGACGGUGGGAAUAUUGAGCAAGUUGAUGUUGAUCAUGCUGACGACCCAGGGAAGUGCCCGAAACCUGGAGAUAACGUGCCUGAAAUUGGACCAGUGUGCCAUUUAAAUUAUUCUUCAGGUGCUGCAGAGGGUAAAUUUUGUUGGGACAGACAGCCUGAGUGGAGUGCAUACAGGGAAAGCAGUUUUGGCCAUGGAAUACUUGAGGUUCUGAAUUCUACGCAUGCAUUAUGGACUUGGCACAGAAAUCAGGAUAUCUUCAGUAAUAAUGUACGAGGUGAUCAGAUAUAUAUUGUGCGACAGCCACAGUUGUGCACCCCCAGUGGGCAAGUAAUUCCUUGAGGCUAAGCUCUUAACGAACAAUACUACCUCUGUUUUCCUAAUAACACUUAAUUUUUUGGUGAUUUCAUUUUAGCUAACUUUUUAACAAAAAUUAUCAUGUGAGAUUUGGUUAAAUUUAUUUCAUUAUCUAUGUUCAAAUAAUGAAUUAUCUACUAAUACCUAAACAAACUGAUGGUCAAAUCACUCAUAUGCAUGCAUUGGUGGCUGUGAGAAGGAAAGUGUUCGCAUUUGUUUGGAAACGUAUGAAGAAUUAUAAAAUAAACGUAUGUAUUUGCAGAUUUUUA